AUGUCAAUUAAGCCAACCAGAUCAAUCUUGGUUGAUCUGUCGAGUUCUCAGGGCAAGCAAUACCCUCUAGAAUCUCUCAGAGCACAUUUCAUGCGUCCGCUCGCCACCAUCACGCAAACAGAUUAUGUCACAUCUACCAUCACUGCAUCCAGCGUACCUGAACCAACGACGACAGACAUAGUACCUGAAAGAAACAAUCAUAUUUACGCUGAAGAUGUGUGGGAGCACCGUAUACAUCGGUACCUGCCAGUCAUUCUGGCAUUUGCCAUCAUUGGUAUAUUGACUGUGCUAGGAAGUCUCAUCUACUUGGCAUACCGUCUCUACCAAGCUUCAGUUCAACGCCGCCGCCGCCGCCGCCAGCAAGCCGAAAAUGAUAGCCAUAAUGAUGAGGAAAAGAAAGCGAUUAGCCCAAUUUCGGCUACAUUAUCCAGCAUCAUCCCGUGGCUAGCUAUACCAUCUCCCACUAGGCAUCCAACGGACACAGAGGAACCUUAUAUCGACUUUCAACCACAACAGCGAGAGCCUAUUCGAUUUGAAAAGUCGGAUUUAAAGCGCAUCAUGGACGACGAUAUAUCAUCUUCCACUAGACGACCCUCGUUAGCACCUUCAUGGCUGGCCAAAUUGCUGCCCAACAAAUUCUCUACCACGCUUAGCUUUUCAGGGCCAUCACGACGCCACAUGUCUCUGCCAAUUCUCUUCUCUGGCAACGAACGCCAAGCCAUUGACAACCUCAACAUACCCAUCUCUUCUACAUUUGUGCCUAUUGACAAGUCAUCGCUGACAUUGGUGCCUCGCUCUGAGAUUUGGCUUGAUCCCCAUCGACGACGAGGCGUGGAUGAAUUAGACAUGUGGGAGAGGAAGAACAGCGGCACCGAAAUCCAAACCAUUGCAGUGCCAGAACCACAGCCCAUGUGGCGCUUCCCCUCACAACAGAAUGUAUAUCCAGACUCACCAGAAUCAUUUGAGCGAAGGUAUUCUCUGCCAGACAGAAGAUCCGUCCAUAUAGACAGUAGGAGACACUCUAUCAGCCAUCGCUCAUCCACCACCACAAUGCAGGAGCCCAACCGACCGAGCCGUAGUACAUCCGAUUCUAUCAAGUACAUGUUGGACGAGUUAGUGCACCCCUCUACUUCUGAUGCGACUCAUUAUACUCCAUCAUCAAAAAAUGAGAGUCAAGAUGACUUUUCCAAGUAUAAAAUCACUGUCAAGCUACCCAAACCAAAGCAGGGCGGUGUGAGUGAUGUGCGACUUGCUAGACAAGCUUUGGAAACCAGCCGACUCAAGAACAGCAGUAGUCAAUGGCUGCAUUCCUCUGGAAGCAAAAGUUUCUAA